UCAAACUCAACCUCUUUUCUCCCCACUGACGAUCAUUCUCUUUUCCGUUUCUUUUCGCAACUCUUUCAAACUCUACGUAAUUCUGCGUCGUGAACACACUCAUAUACCCAAAUCACAUUUCGGAGAUACACAUAUGCAUAUUCACUCUGCGGAAUUCUACUGAAGAUACUCCGGGCUGCUGUCUUUAAUUUUCCAUUUUUCCGGUUUCAGGAAAGCUCAGGUGGAAAGCUAGCCUACUCCAUGCAUCCAAGGAAGCAGUCUUAUUACAGCAUGCUGGAUUCUUUAGCAAGCUGCAUUUCCUAACCCAUUAAUCUAUACUUGUUUCUUUGUGAGAAGUUAACAUUAUUAAUUAAGUUAACAUUAUUAAUUAAUUAAGUGCUUUGGGAGUUAGGAUACAUCUUGAGUUAGAAAGUUACUUAAAGAGGUAAAAAUGGGUGAAUCAGAAUCAGAUUCUGCAGCUAGUUUUUUUGAUGUGGAUGCCUUGUUUAGUUAUAACUAUGGACAAAGUAGUGAGCUUGGCGCAACCUAUUGUCAACCACCGUAUACUGAUGGUACAGUGUAUAGCAACACCAAUAAUUAUGAGGACAUUUCCCAUACUGCAGUGUAUAGCAACACCAAUAAUGAUGAGGACAUUUCCCAUACUCUUCAAGAAGGUAUGUCAAGGUUAUCAAUUACAGGAGCUUCUGAAUGGCAUACAGGGGAGUAUCCCCAGUCCUUCGCCAAUGUCCAACCUUGGCCACAUAUAGAGUAUUCUCAGCCCUCCUUUGGUGUCCAACCUUGGCAUAUUCCACCAGAGAAUUAUUAUGCCGGCAAUAUUGGUGUUCUGGAAGAUAUUGGCUGUUGCUCUAGUACUGGAGAUAGAAAUUAUGAUGAGGAAGAACAAAAUCAUGGGAUAGAAAUAACAAAUCAACCAGAGAUUGACGGUGAAAAUGAUAGACAACAAAAUGAAAUGAAUGCAGUCCCUCAAACUCCUCAAACAAAUAGAGAUAUACCUCCAGUUGAUGAUGCAAUGUCUGAUCAUGAAACGCUUCUAAAUAGAUUGCGGCUUAGUGGCUUUGUUGAGCGCGAAGUUGAAGGGGAUGGAAACUGUCAGUUCCGUGCUUUAUCAGACCAGUUCUAUCAAACACCAGAACAUCAUAGAGACAUCAGAAAACGAGUUGUUAAUCAGCUUAAAAAUAAUCCGGAGAUGUACAAGGAGUACAUAGCCAUGGAUUAUGAUGAGUAUUUGGAGAUGAUGGCGAGGGAUGGGGAGUGGGGUGAUCAUGUGACAUUGCAGGCUGCUGCAGACUUGUAUGGUGUAAAGAUUCUCAUCGUAACAUCAUUCAAGGACUCCUGGUACAUCGAGAUUAUUCCAAAGACGGAGAAGUCAAAAAGAAAGGUGUACCUGAGUUUCUGGGCAGAAGUGCAUUACAACUCCAUUGUUCUUCAAGGAGAUGAUGUUAAGGUGAAGGGGAAGAAAAGGUGGAGCUUGGGAAGAAAGAAUCCGGGUAGGUAGGCUAGGUAUCGUAGUUGAUUCUUAGCUUCCCAUAGUAUUUGUUGUUGCACUUGAUUGGCUUAUGUUGUACAGUUAGUUUGUGGUGCAACAUGAAGAUGUAUGUUGUUGUUUUAUUUUUUUAAUAGUUAAUUUAACAAUAUCAACCAAUUAAAUUUAUAUUUGAUUUUUGCAAA